AUGCAAUUGAAGAACGGAAGAUGUGAUCGAGAUCACCAUAAAAGGAAUGCGGAUGUUGGUAUGCAAAUAAUAUUGUUCAGUUUAUAGCGUGAACCAGUGGGCAGCUAACCGAAGUGGCAAACAAGUAAAAAAAGGGCUGCUUCCUGCCUUGCUGUUAUCCACCAUUGCAUUUCCCCUUCAAGGUUUGUCUGGUAGGUAUUUUUUGUUUUUUUCCAGCUGGUUUCGCUCUGAAAGCCGUCAAUUUAUUGUCAAGGCCAUUCAAGGAGCCACGACGUUGCAAUGUAUCGCAUCCAACGAAGAUACUCUAUUUCGGCCAUAUCGCUCAUCCAUGGCCAAAUUUUCUCUCCAAGCAAGACAUUCCUCAUCUGUUUUUGCAAAAACCAAUCGAGCGCCGUUCUUUGAUCAUUCACAGUACCAUCCGCAGGACAUGUUGAAAAAGAGGAAUAAAUUAUAAUCAUAAAUCAGUUAAACUCGGAACAUGGACACAGAGUGCUGCUAAAUUUUUUUAUCCGUUGCCAUUGGCGUUGCUAUCUAAUAAAUUGGCUAUUCAUUCGGCAAUAAAACAAGUUGAAAUUUUGAUGUAACAAAACAGUUUACUGACAUUUUAAAUGAUCCGUUUUUGAGCUGCAUCUCAUUGAUACUUUAUAUCUGCAUUAGAAAAAGGAAAGGUGCGCGUUCCCCGUUCACAUUCAAUUAUUUCUAUGCAGACUCUGUUAAAUCCCUGCUGUUCAUAGAAUUUACGGAAACAAGCCGAAUAGAAGUAACAAAAAAAGAAGAGUAAAAUGAUCUGGCGGGCUCCAGAUGACGUUGUCGUUCAGUAAAUUCGAGAAAAUUUUAAGGGUUUUGAACGUGUUAAAGUGGCAGACCUCAAGGCAUCGAGCGGUGCUGGUAAGUUGAGGCUUUACUCUAAUAAACAUCAAUUAUAGAUAGCAGUAGCCAUAUCUACAGUUUUGUUAUGGAAUUUUUUCUCAUUUAACCCGACGCUUUCAAUAUCUCUAGCAUGUAACACCAGUCUAAGCUUCGAAGAAGACAACAGUAUGUCAAUGUCAUAUGACUUUAUUGCCCAUUUUUUCAGUUGAGCUACAGACAACUACAUACCCAGAACGUUUUAUAAAUGACACUCUAAUAUCUCUGGAUGAGUUACAUGAAGAAAUUUUUAAGGCGUCUUUCAAAACUAGCCAUCCAUACGAAAACCAAUGUAAAUUUCCGGUGUUAAAGAAAGGUAAAAAUUGUAGAACAUAUUCUUUAAUCUACUUGUUUUUAUACAUACUUUCAGACGAAAAAGAUCUCUUCCGCCAUGUUGGCCAUUACGCUCAAACGAGAUGUGUAAAGCCAAGGGCAAAAAUGGGCGGAAUUACUGUAAAACAGUAUGACUCUGGAGAAAUUUUAAUUGGCAAAGGAUUUCCAUUCACUAACAGCCUGCAAGACAUAAAAUGUUAUGCUAGGGAGAUAUCAGGGACUCUCGCACCAAAUAUAAAAUACUUCAGAUACGUUGGGAAAAAGAUUGAGGUGAGGUUUUUCAGACCACAGCGCUUAUAAUAACUUCCAGCUCCCAAAAAACAAGCCCUUCUACAUUGACAAAGUGCAAUUUUCUGUUGAAUGUCGGAACAAAAGAAACACAUUGAUUUACACUAAUGCAUUUGCAACUUUUCCCAAAAAGAAGGUCGCUCGUCAUCAACAAAACUCCGCUUUUACCAAGGAUAAUCAAUUCUCCAUUUCGAUUCUGGUUUUAGACAGCACUUCAAGAAAUCAAUUCUACAGGUAGACGAAAAGUAAUACUGGUUGAAAUCUGCUGGCGAUUUCAGACAUGCUCCAAAAACGUUGAAGUUCAUGAAAGAAAACGGGUUUAAAAUUCUCUGGGGAUAUAACAAGGUAGGUCUGCAGUCUUCUUAAUGAAUUGUCUCAGGUUGCUGACAAUUCUGCUGUGAAUUUGAUGCCGAUUUUGACAGGGAUGACAAUUGGGCCAGCAUUCGACUAUCCAGGGAGAGUGGUCCCUUUGAAUUUGACGUUCCUAGAACGCGACUUGCUGAAUCGGAAAUGGGAAAAAGAGUUGUUUAUCAAGAGGGUUAAAGGUAAAGCAAGCUGGGUUAAACCCUCGUUAAAAGCAUACUAAGACUCACAUCCAAUUUGCAGAGCUCGGUUACACAACCAUGUGGAAUGACGAUAUUAUGGUCACAAAAUUAGGGCUAUUCAGUUACGGUCUCUUCAAAGGAUUUCUCCGGCCCCCAGCCGAUUUCUACUUUCGGUAGGGGUUAGGAACAUGCCUCCAAAACAAUUUCAGCCCCUUUUACUCCUACCUUUACUCCAAGAAGAAUGCCCGUUUCCACUGCGUUGAAGGAGAACUGGCUUCAAGACGGUACCUAAAGCUAUGGAAAAACUUUGCUUUGAAGUUCAGAAACCACUCUCACUUUGGUUUCACAUUCUUAACAGCUUUAACUCACGAUGAUCCAGCUGCUGUUGGAUUGCUCGACCCGGAUAUUUAUCACAGUUUAGAAGAUCUCAAAAAGUCAGGAGGAUUCGAAAACACUAUUCACAUUAUAAUGGGUGAUCAUGGCCAUAGAAUUGUAAGGAAGCUUGAAUGAGUAGAAGACUGCAACUUUCCAGAGAAGCAUCCAGAAAACCUAUACUGGCCGUCUGGAAGAAAGAAUGCCACUGUUUUCAAUCCGAUUUCCCAAAAGAUUCAAAAAACUUUAUCCCGAGAAGGUUCGAAAACUUGAGGAGAAUCAGAAUCGGCUCGUGUCUAAUUAUGAUAUCCAUCAAACUCUACAUGAGGUGCUUUUCGGGGACUUGAAUACCAAAACAAGAGGAACUUCGCUGUUUCAAGAUAUCCCUCUAAAUCGGACAUGCACAGAUAUUUUAAUCCCACAAAAUCAUUGCACUUGCAUGGAGAAAGUAGAAGAUACGGUAGGCGGACAGGACCUUUGCAAAAAAGCUAACGUCUUUUUUAGUCCAAAGUUCGGGCCAAACACAACAUUGCCACAAAAAUAGACGCUCUCCUUUCCGAUUAUAUAAACUCUACAACAUCUGAGAUGCCCUGCGUUCACAACUACACGUUCAACCGCAUACCAACCAUCAAAAUUUUGAGUAUGAAUCCGCUGGCCAGAUUUGGAGUCCGUUUUAUCAAAAACCUCAUCGAAUUCAAGUUUCAGAAAAAGUAUCGAACGCCGGCCGACAAUGAGAUCUAUCUCCUGGAGACUACAGGAAAUAUGAAUGCUACGACUGUUCACAACAACUUUGUGCUCAACUUUACCUCGCGAUUCAGCUAUAAUCGCCUUACUGGCGAUGUAUUUUUAGAAAUCGAUCCAUUUAUUACACUCAGUUCGACUAAUUGUAAAAUUUACAUAUUGAAAGACCUUUGUAAGUGUCAGUAG